AGAAGAAGGCUGUCGAGCUGUCUGGGUGUGAGUGAACACCCUCUAGUGGAGCUGCUGAAAAGCUGUCUUGCAGAGCUUCUGUCUGUUUUUAUCAUCAGCAUUUCAAGAGGUCUAUGGUCCAACGUUGAGCAGAGAUCAUGUGGUGUUUGGAGCUGCUCUUACCACUGCUGUUGAUCAUCAAUGAUGGCAGUUGCCAGUGGAAUGUUUGGGUACCUCGGGACAUCUCGGCCAUGACAAACUCCUGUGUGGUCAUCCCGUGCACCUUCAUGUAUCCGUCUGGUAUCAGGCCGUACCGUGGCACUCACGGUAUCUGGUACUUCGGCCAGCCGUACCCUCAGCUCUUCCCUCCGGUUGUCUUCAAAUCACGCACGGACGUCGUGCACGAGAGCUACACGGGCCGCACCAAGCUGCUGGGUGACCUGACCCAGAGGAACUGCACUCUGCUCAUCAACAACAUCGGCACGGAGCACUCAGGGAGAUAUUACUUUCGUGCUGACCUCGGUGGAGCCAACAUGUAUACGUACCCAGACUUCUCUGAGCUCAAAGUCCUUGAUCAACCCAACAUCGAUGUCCCAGAGGAGAUUGUCAGCGAUGACAGUCUGGAGCUGACAUGCUACGCUCCAGACAACUGCCCCGACAUGACUCCAGAGAUCCAGUGGAUGUACACCGACUACCUGCCCGACCCGGAGUUCAGCUCCGACUACCUGGAGGAGAGCAACACAGCGGUACUCUCCAGCACCCUCACCUUCACACCCAGACCCAUGCACAACGGGCAGCUCCUGGGCUGCAGGGUCUACUACCCCAACACCACACUGGUCUACGAGAGGCUCGUCUCUCUCGACGUCAAGUAUGCUCCACGCGCUGUGUGGGUGAACGUGUCCUCAGAGGUGAUGGAGGGCAGCUCUGUGAUGCUGCACUGCGAGGUGGACAGUAACCCUCUUUCCAGGAUCUCCUGGAUGUUCGGAGACCAGGAGCUGCUCUGGGACACGGCGUCCAACGUCUCCCUCUCCAUGGACGAUUUGACGCCUGCGCAGGAGGGAAUCUACACCUGCAUCGGGGACAAUGGCUACGGCAGCAUGAACACCUCCCUGUACCUGGCUGUCAAGUACCCUCCCCGCGAGCCCGUGGUGAACGACUCUAUGACGGUACAGGAGGGAUCCUCACUGGCUCUGCACUGUAGCACCCAGGGCAGCCCGGCCCCAACACUCACCUGGCUGAAGGACGGGGAGCUGGUGGGCACCAUCACCGCUGACGAGCUGUCGGUGCUGCAGAUCGUAGAGAUCACACCGCAGGGAGACGGACAGUACCGCUGCCUGGCCGAGAACGAGCAUGGAAGAGCCAGCAGCUCCUUCAACAUCACUGUUGAGUAUGCUCCGGUCCUCCUGGAGGAGUCAAAGUGCACUGUGGUGAGGGAGGGUGUCCAGUGUGUCUGCAUGGCCACAGGAAACCCUGAACCCACCAUCGAGUUCUAUCUGCCCGACCUGAACAUCACCAUCAACGAAACGGAUGGCCGGUACAACUUUUACACGCACACAGAUGGACAUACCUCCACGGGGAUGAUCAAGCUGCGGGAGAAAGGCGAGCGCGUCGACAACGGCGGCCCUGCCGUCAACGUCCACUGCAGCAUCUACAACAUGUACGGAAGAGAGAGCGUACACCUGGAGCUACAGCAGGAGAAAAAGUACAUGAUGGCAGUUAUAGUGGGCACCAUUGGAGGAGUGGCGGUCAUAGCCUUCAUCAUUGCAGCAGUGAGAUACGUUGGCCACAACAACAAAAAAGAGAAUGGCAACCCUAGGCAGGACGUGGUCCUGGAGAACCCAGCUUUGUACUACAGCGCAGUCAAGAAGGACAAACAAAAUCUGAGGAAGAAAGUGCUUAAGACAGAGCUGUUGGGCUCAAAGUUUAACUCCAUUCUAGAGGAGACUACGGGAGAAGACGGCGAUUAUCAACCUGUGGGCUAUACUGCAGGACUGGAGAGGCAAGAGCUGAAUUACGCUGCUCUGGAGUUUAUCGGGGCCCGGCCCAGGGAGGGGGCCUCAGGGAGGGGGGAUGAUGGCAGCAACUACUCGGAAAUCAAAGCCAAAUGAAACGCAAUCCUUCCCUGAUCCCUCGGCUAUGCGAGAUGCAGUGGCAGCCCCAACACAUGUUCUGCCCCGUAUACUGUGUAAUAACCCCCCAUCCUCUACUGGAUUUCCCCCUGCAUUUAGUGACUUCUUGUUUGUUAUUCCUUCAUAUUUGUCACAUAUAAUGUACCACUGUGAUGCCACUACCCCCCCCUCAUGCUGCCCCUCCAUUGGACGGCCCUCCACAUGCCAUCAUUUGGGGAAACUUGUACUUUUUUGGGUCAGAGCAUGACCCACUGGACAAUGUCAAAGAAAUAAAACGUCUAGCCUCAAUUGUAGUACAUGGGCUCUAAAACAUGCAGUGUUAACCAGCGGCCAUGGUUUUGUUGCGUUCAACAUGUUCUUCCUAGUGAUUGUCGAUGUUAUUGUCAAACGACAGACGUCUAAGCGCUCACAUCUGUCUCACUAUUUACUCUACAUCCGUCUCUUAUAACUGUCACUGUGUCUGCUGCCAGUCGAAGCAUCAGGGCAAGGAGUUCCGCUUUUUGUUUUCUUAUAUUCGUGUGUGUGCGUUUCUAUCAGCAGAGAGCAAAUCUCUCUUCUCUCUUUCCUUUGGUUAAUUACAUCCCAAGAAGAAAACCGUCUUAGGCGAGAGAUGGAGACGCAUGUCAGCAACCUGUUGCCACAUACUUGUUUUUUUUAUUGUGUGCUGUGACUCGGUAGCCUCUCAUAAUAGAUGACAUUUUUUUUGAUAAUAAUCGGAAAAGUUUUGUAAAUUCAAAUGGUACACUGCCCAGUUCUGAAAAAAUGUCACAGCUUCUUUAAAACAUUUUCCAGUUAUCUGAGGAAUUUAUUGAAAUUUUGGGGGAUUUCACCCUAAAGCAUGGGUUCUAGCUGUUUGAUUGAUCUGGAAAAUACAGACCUGAAGCACAAAAUAUGUAAGCGCGAGUGGCCAAAGUGUUAUCUCUUUUAGACAAUGUGUGUGUGUGUAUAUAAGUGUGUGUGCCUGUUCAAAUAGUGCUGAAAGAUCAUAGGACACUGAUCACUGAUCAUCACUGGGGUCUUUGUUUGAGCAUCACUUCACUUGAGGAGUUGAUGCUUUAUUCUCACGAUUGCAUCAGAUGUUUGAAUGACAAACAUGGUUGUGCUAUUCAAAGACAUUUGAUGAACCUGUGAUGUAAUAUCAAAGUGUACUAAUAGUCUAACGUGAUAACGAUGGUGUCAGUAAUAUAUAUUAAUAAGAUGUUCAUUGACAGGGAUUGGAUGCCAGUAUGUACAGUAAAUACCCUGCAUGACUGUUUUGCCAGCAGGCACAAAUAUAAAUAUUAAAUUAUGGACAAAAGCCAGUGUGAAAUCCUGUCAUACAUCAUACAAAAGGUUUUGACUGGACACUGUCUUAAUGAGUUUAGUGAAUAGUAUAAACCUCUAGCUAGUGUGCACUAAGUCAAAUCAGAGGCUGCGCUUACAUGCAGGGAGUGACCUUCUUAUUAACUGUGAUUGCGGUUGAUUGGAAGUUCGAUACCUGCUAGAAUUAGAAUGAAAUUAGUUUCAUUCUAUGAAACCUCAAAAAGGGAACUCCAGCAGUUAAUAUUGCACGCCUAUUGAAUUAGAUGACUCUGUAGAGGCAUAAAGCAGAGGUCAAGGUAUCUUGACUUGAACGCCAUAGUAUGGGUCAAGUUCCAAAGGAACUGGGUCCUACAUUACCCACAAUGCAACCAAAAGCAUGUUUCUGAUAGACCCUCACCGUCCGGUAAACGCCCAACGUCUGUCGAACUCCAUGCACUUAGUUUAUAAUACUGUAUUUUUUCAGACUAUACAAAGCUUCUCCAGAGUGGUAUUAUCGUAGGAUAGUUUUCACAGGCUGAGCUGUACUGCCCAUGACAAAUACCAGUAAGUCAGUGGAGUUCCCCCUUUAAUUUUUGCGUAUAGUCUCAACCCACCAAUGAAGCCACCACUGUGCUUCCUCCACCUCUCCCACUCUGCAUCACGUCUUACAGGUCAUACGUCACUGCUGAAAAAUAACUCAUCGACACACUGCAACCUUAACUGACUAACACGGUCUGCCGUUUUGAAUAAGACAGCAGGUAAUGAUUGAUUGAUAUUUUUAAUGGCUCUGUUUUCACAUCCAUUCAAUUACGUACGUAGUGAAAAUGCAAAUUGAUAUAUCUACUGUGUAUUGUAUGUUGGAUUGUUUUAACAAUGUAAGUCAUGAACAAUAAUCUUGUCCUCGAAAUUAAUUGUGCAACGAAUGAGCUCGUCAGUUUUCUCUGCAAGAAAUUAUUUCUAAAAUACUGAAAGUAAUGUCCAUAAUUUGAUUCUCCAAAAUCAUCUGCAACAGUGUGUUGAACAUCAAGUAUGCAACUCGUACACUGAUUUUCUCCUAAACAGAUGUGACGCUGUAUGUAUUGAUGUUGAUAGCAGGCUUAAGUGGGAAAUAAAUUCUAGCUAGAGCUGUGCAAUGAUCUCUUCUUGGAGAUUGAAAGUACUUUUGAUACACAUGCUCUGACUGAGGCUUUAUAAAUGUAUGUUAUGAAACAACGCCGCUCUGUGGCGCUCUCAUUUAAAAUGAUGGAUUAAGUUAAUCAAGGCAGCAGCGUGUCUCUGUGAGCUGUUUCCAAUUGAUUCUACAAUCAGUAGGAGUGCAAAAUACAGCAAACACCUCUCACUGUGCUAACUUCAUAAAUGGGUAUAGACUGUUCAUAGGCAGUAAUGGCAAUAUGAAAGCAAAAAUUACACUACGAGGAGUAUUUCAGUUUAAUCUGUUCACAUGAACCCAAAUAAACCUCUCUGCCAAAACCCCAGUUUGAAUGAACGGUGUUGAUGAAGCCUCAGGUUUGAGUAUCUCUGAGGAAUCUCUUGUCACUAUUUUAGUUGAAAAGAAAGCUAGGUAUCUGGGGUUUUGAGCUUUACUUACACACUUCAAGCAAAAACAGGUUAAAAAUGCAGUUCUCUGUGCAUGUAAACAAAGCUAUUGUCAACCAGCUGUUCUGACUCACAUUAGUUUUAUUAUGACAAUGUUCUGUUGACUUAAAGUCAAUAACCAGUUCCUUUCUUUGAAAGCCUCAUGAGGGGGGGGGGGGGGGGGGGUAUUUUGUUAAAUUUGUUUUGUAGAAAUAUCAAAUAUGUGUUACCUAAUCUUUUGUCAAAGUGUGUUGUAAAGGAAAUGUCAUAUAUUUGGUAAUCACAAUGAUCAUUAUGGAGAUUUUCAACAUAUGAUUGACACAAUAAUUCAGAUCAGGGUUUUUGACUGUUACUUAAUGACUGCAGGAUUCAUGCAAUGUUCUAGUUUGCUUGCUCUUUUAUUUUAAACAAGUCUUUCACACCUCAAGCAAAUUCAUCUGUCUUCAGUUCCAUGCAAACAUAAAUAAAAUGAAAACAACACGAACUGGAAAAAGUUUGUUAUUGACAGAAAA